AUGAUUACAAACACACCCACAUCUGCCGAACAAGGCUUUGUUCGUUGUCUACAAUCCAACGACAUUGAGUCUCUCAAACGUCUGCUAUUGGACACCUCUCAGCUUGAAAUGUUGAAAACUUCAGUUAUUUCGUUAGGUUCAACGGAUUCUCUUCCUCUCCUUCAUCUAGCUGUGCUUCAGGGGUCGGGCCAAUUUGUAGACACCAUGCUGCGUUUCGGUUUCGAUCCGAAUACAAAGACACCAAAAGGAAAGAAAGAAACAUGUAUUUCCAUGCUCGUGAGAUUAAUGGAAAGCGGAGAAAAGCAAUUAACAGCCUCACCUUUUGAAAUGAUUCAACUGCUUCUUGAGAACGGAGCUAGUCCAACCAUUCCUGAUGUCCUGCUCUGGAAGCCAAUUCACUCAUCUCAAAACAAGAAAAUUAUCAAAUUGUUACUGAGAUAUGGCGAGUCCAUAGACAGUUUAGGAGGAGCAACAGGAUGUACGCCUCUAGUGUUGGCUUGCAGAAAAGGAAAUAAGGAUUUGGUUGCUUGGCUUUUAAAACAUCAUGCCAACCCCAAUAUUUGUGAUAAACAAGGGUUCUUCCCUAUUCAUCAUGCACUCGGGGAUGAACAUGUGGUAAAGCUUUUGCUGGAACAAGGGAAACAAUGUAUUAAUAAGAGAGCAAACAAUCCUGACGGUUAUACACCCUUACAUUUUUGCUGUGAACGAGAAACGAAAGGAAUUCAAGGAAAAAGUAACUUACUCAUACUGUAUGGUGCUAAUCCAGAUUUGAGAACUUUGACUUCGAACAAAACAGCAGAAGAAAUUACAGAGAAUCACAAAUACCUCUUCAAAUUGUACCGAAGUAGGAAAAGUUUAUCGGCAGCGACAGGUACAGCAGAAUCCAAUUUUAACGCCAAUAAUGAAUGUGCAGACGAUGGAUCGGUUUCGGAUGACGAGGAUCAAAUCAUUCGAGAACAAUUUAACAAGUAUAUGAUUAAUUACAAUUACAUGGACAACUUAACUCGGGGAGAAAAGAGACUGUCCAUUACACAUCUGAUACUUGAAAAUUACAUGGACUAG